UGCUCUUUCUCUGCGCCAAAAUCACCCUCCUCAUUCUCCGCAACUCCUCCUCAUUAACUUUUCAUUACUCUCCCUCUCUUCCACAUAGUCCCUAACCAGUUUUUGUGCAGCUUCUGUUAUUUCCUCAUUUUCUACAAAGGAAUUCACGUGCACUCUCUCUUUCAAAAUGGUUAAGGAUUACACAGUGGCCAUGGAAGAAUUCUUGAAACUCUGCGAGGAAUCUGGUGAUUCAGCUUACAAUGCAUUCAAAGCAAUCCUUGAGAAGCUCGAGAACCCGAGCACUCGAUCUGAAACUCGAGUGUUCUUGGCUUCGCUUCAAAGGAGGUUUGAAUCCAAGGAAUCUUCUCUCAAGUGUUUCUCUGACUACCAUUUCAGGAUCCAUGAUGUUCUCCUUGCCAAUGAAGAAGGUCAGAAUAGGAAGAAGCUGACAAUGAUGGAAAUUCCCAGUAUAUUUAUUCCAGAAGAUUGGUCAUUUACCUUUUAUGAAGGUAUAAAUAGGCAUCCUGAUUCUAUCUUCAGAGACAAGACAGUUGCUGAGCUUGGUUGUGGAAAUGGAUGGAUUUCUAUUGCUCUCGCAGAAAAAUGGUGCCCUUCAAAGGUUUAUGGCCUCGACAUCAAUCCCAGAGCAAUAAAAGUUGCUUGGAUAAAUUUAUAUCUUAAUGCUUUGGAUGAGAAUGGACUGCCUAUCUACGAUCAGGAUAAGAAAACAUUGCUCGAUAGAGUGGAGUUCCAUGAGUCAGAUCUUUUAGCGUACUGUAGAGACCAUAGCAUAAUACUCGAUCGCAUUGUUGGAUGCAUACCACAGAUACUUAACCCAAACCCUGAGGCAAUGUCAAAGAUGAUUACAGAGAAUGCCAGUGAGGAAUUUUUAUAUUCAUUAAGUAACUAUUGUGCACUUCAGGGAUUUUUUGAGGACCAAUUUGGCCUAGGUCUUAUUGCUAGGGCUGUGGAGGAGGGAAUAGAAGUCAUUCAGCCCAUGGGCUUCAUGAUAUUCAACAUUGGAGGUCGACCAGGACAAGCCGUUUGCAAGCGCUUGUUCGAACGCCGAGGAUUUCGUAUUACAAAGCUUUGGCAGACAAAAGUAAUACAGGCUGCCGACACUGAUAUUUCAGCUUUGGUUGAGAUUGAGAAAAAUAGCCACCAUCGCUUUGAAUUCUUCAUGGGUCUUGCUGGUGACCAGCCCAUCUGUGCUCGAACAGCAUGGGCAUAUGGAAAGGCUGGGGGUCGCAUCUCCCAUUCUCUGUCAGUAUACAGUUGUGAACUUCGUCAACCAAAUCAGGUGAAGAAAAUAUUUGAUUUUCUCAAGAAUGGGUUUCAAGAGGUCAGUGGUGCCCUGGAUUUAUCUUUUGAUGAUGACUCUGUGGCAGAUGAAAAAAUUCCUUUUCUUGCUUAUCUCGCGAGCAUUCUCAAGGAGAACUCCUCUUUCCCCUACGAGCCUCCAGCUGGAAGCACGAGAUUCCGUAAUCUAAUUGCAAGCUUUAUGAGAAUUUAUCAUCAUAUCCCACUCGAUAUAAAUAAUGUGGUUGUGUUCCCAUCAAGGGCUGUUGCAAUAGAGAAUGCUCUUCGGUUGUUCUCACCACGACUUGCAAUAGUGGAUGAACAUCUCACCGGACACUUGCCAAAGCAGUGGCUGACGUCUUUGGCUAUUGAGGGGAAUGAGUCCACAGAGGAUAUGCUUACAGUGUUACAAGCUCCACGCCAGUCUGAUCUAUUGAUCGAGCUGAUCAAGAAGCUGAAACCUCAGGUUGUUGUUACAGGCAUGGCUAAAUUUGAGGUCAUCACCAGUUCUUCUUUUGAGCAGCUACUUGAAGCAACUAGAGAGAUCGGUUGUCGUCUUUUCUUGGACAUAUCUGACCAUCUCGAGCUCUCUAGUUUGCCUGCUAUAAAUGGGGUCCUGAAAUACCUUGCUGGAAAUAUUUUACCCCCACAUGCGGCAAUAUUAUGUGGCCUCGUUAAGAAUCAGGUUUACUCUGACUUGGAAGUAGCAUUUGUUAUUUCAGAAGAGGAGAAUCUCUUCAGUGCUUUAUCCAAGACAGUUGAGUUGCUACAGGGCCAUACAGCUGUGUCCAGCCAGUACUAUUAUGGUUGCCUCUUUCAUGAGCUGCUCGCCUUUCAACUUGCGGAUCGCCAUCCACCAGCUCAGAGAGAACCCGCAAAGGAGACCUCCAUGAAGAUGAUCGGAUUUGCCAGCUCCGCCAUGUCAACUCUGAAUGACCCAGAACUGUCCACCCCUCUUCCACCCAUCGACAAAAACAAUAGCGGCCCCAAUGACCCCGUUAUAAUUCACAUGGACAUGGACCAGAACUGUCUCCCGACCCCAUCAGCUGUAAGGGCUGCCAUCUUUGAGAGCUUCGCAAGGCAAAACAUGACUGAUGCCGAAACCGACGUUGGCCCUGGUAUCCGCGACCUCAUCUCAUCCAAGUAUGGGCUCCCCUUAACAGGCCCCUCCGAAAUAAUUUAUGCAGAUAGCCCCCUUGCCCUCUUCACCAAGCUUGUGCUCUGUUGCAUUCAAGAGGGUGGAACCCUUUGUAUCCCCUUUGGCUCUAAUGGAAACUACAUUCUCACUGCCAAAUUCCUCAAAGCAAAUGUCUCAACCAUACCCACAUUGCCUGAUAAUGGAUUCAAGCUCACUGAAAACAUUCUCAAAGGUUUCUUGCCUGGUGUGAAGAGGCCUUGGGUUUAUCUUUCUGGCCCCACAGUGAACCCAACAGGAUCUAUUUACACUAAGGAAGAGAUAGAGGGUGUUCUCUCCAUAUGCUCUACAGAUGGAGCGAGGCUGGUAAUGGAUACUUCUUUCUCAGGUUUGGAAUGGAAGAGAGAGACUUGGGGUGGUUGGGAUUUGGGGAAGGUCGGGUCAGAGCUUUGUUUGUCGGUGCUCGGAGGAUUAUCUUUUGAUGUUUUAACAAGGGGCCUGGACUUUGGCUUUUUGGUGUUGAACAAUGCUGAUGUGAUUGAGCUCUUUCAUGGCUUUCCCGGGCUUAGCCAACCUCAUGGCACUGUGAGGUAUGCAGUGAAGAAGCUGUUGGAUAUGAGAGAGCACAAGGCUGAGGUCCUGGCAGAGGCUGUUGCAGAGCACAAGAAGACUCUCGAGAGCAGAGCAGCAAAGUUGAGAGAGACACUAGAAAGGUGUGGAUGGGAUGUGGUGGAUUGUCAUGGGGGUGUGUCAAUGGUGGCAAAGCCUUCAGCCUAUAUUGGGAAGCCUCUAAUGCUGAACAAGUUUCAUGAAGAGACCUGUCUCACUGAAUCAAACAUCAGAGAGGCCAUCCUCAAAACUACUGGCCUCUCUAUCAACAGUGCUUCAUGGACAGGGAUCCCGGCUCAUUGCCGAUUCACCAUGGCCCUUGAAGAAAAUGAAUUCAAGCAGGCCCUAGAACGCAUACAGAACUUCAAAGAAAUUGUACUCGGAAGCUAAAACUGAAGAGAGAGGGAAGGGGGGAGAUAUGGUAGCAGCAGUUUUAUGAUCACUCCUGGUUGCACGGUUCUGAAGGAAGAAUUGUUUCAUUCUGAUUCUUCCCCACUUGCAUUGUGGGUUGAUUCUUCCCCGCUUGCAUUGUGGGUAGGUAUAAGGGUUUUUAGUUGCAGCUGAACUUCAUCGAGUUCUUCGGCAAUGGAAUGGGCAGUUGUUUGCAUUCCUUAUAAUAAAGCGGCCUGUGAGACGAAGCUUUUGACUCUAGAUUGUGGUGAUUGCUAUGUAAAAGGAUUGGGAUGAACUUUUUGAGUUUUUAUGACAACCCCCCUGUAAGAUUUUUCAACUCUGUGCAUUUAAUUCCACAAAGAUGACAAAGAUGAGUUGCUCUC